GUCAUUCAACGGCAACAGUGAUAUCGUCAGACGCGAAGAAAGAGAAGGGAGAGAGCAAACAAUAAAGCAUCCAUUUUAACACCGAGAGGAAACUUGCCUUUGUACGUUAGGGAUUCAUCUCGAUCCUAAGGUUUUCUAUAACAUCAUGAAAUCACAAGCACUCCUGGUCAUUAUUUUAGUACAGAUUUAUUAUUUACAAGCACUACAACAUACAAAGGCUUUUCAAGAUUUAGAGGCAUUUAAUAAAAGAAGCUCGGAAACAGAAACAAGAUUUAGAAGAUCUGGCGCAUGCGCAGAGAUAUGCAUCCACCGCUGUCUACCAUCAUGUAACCUAGCCUGCUGUGUAGAAAGACCAAUAGGCGUCAACCGCCACAUGAUCAACAAAAUGGAGGUCGCGGCAGCCAAGAAAAUAGCUGAGACUGGAUCCAAGAAGAGCAUCUUGGGCUCAAAAGAGAAUCAGCUGUACGUGUCGAAAGAAGAGAUGGAGAAAGGAACUACCUGUGAUAAAAAAUGUCUCAUUCAUUGUGAUCCUUCUUGUAAAUUCAAGUGCUGUAUUCGGGUACCAAGAGGUUGACAUUUCAUUUAAAAAGACAGUCUUGCUCUUCUAUUCUCUUAAGGAACGUUUAGGACUGGGGAGAUUGUCGUAUCGCAAAGGAAUCUGGGAUCAUUUCUCGUUGGGAGCGUUCUUAUUUGUUUUCUAAAAAUUAUCGAGACAAGAAAUGAUAAGAUGACUUGUCGUUUUAUCUAGCUAUGGACCUCAAUUUUACUACUGGAUAGGAGAUAGGAGCGCUUAAAUCUGAAGCCUAUUACGAAACAUGAAUAGAGAUAUUUAUUACAAUUAUGAUAUUACAGUCGUUCACAAAGGC